UCUGCUUUAAACUUGAUUGUGAGAAACGUGUUAAGAUACCCUCCAAACAGGAAUAACCGGAGUUAAACAAGACAGGCCAGUGUUCAGUAUCUGUGCACCAGAACACAACUCUGUUUGAAGCUGAGCUCUGACUUUUAAUCAUAAUCUGACUAUCAUUUAGGUCAGCGCAUGUCCAAAAAAGAAGUUCUUCUUUGCCUUAAUCCUCUGUCUGGUUGGGGCUGUCAUAAUCUUUGUGCUACAUAACAAGGAGGACCUGGAGGUGAUGGAGACUCCCUGGCAUAUUCAGCAGAAAGUGAGCUCCCCCAACAUCGUAUCGACAGUUUCCACUGACCCUGACAUGCAUCACAGCUUCUGUACCUUCCAGCCACUGACCCCUAAGGAGGCUCUAGAGGAACGCGUCCUACUAGACUCCAUUGCUUGGCCUGAAAUUCCACCUUUGCCAGCUCCUAUUUCCAUAGAGCACACCAGUGAUCCAGCUCACAGCACCUUCACCAUUCUCCCAAGGAGGGGAGGAGGAAAGUGGCAAGUAGGGGAUCAGCUGGAGGUUAUGAUCAAAAUGUCUGACUUCCAGGGCCGUCCCAAGACAUCUCCGGGAGACUUCCUACUCGCGCGGAUGCACAACCAGAAGCUUGGUGCAGGUGUGGCUGGGAAAGUGGUGGAUCAUCUCAAUGGGAGCUACUCUGCUGUAUUCUCUUUACUCUGGGAUGGAGAGGCACAUGUUGAGGUGACACUGGUUCACCCUGGUGAGGCUAUCGCAGUGCUGAUAAGGAUGAACAAGGAAGAGCCUGACAGGAUUAAGUAUAAUAGCAUCUUCCACUCAGGCUCACUAUCUGAAAGUACCAUCUGUGACGUCUGCCUACGUCCAACGCAGCAGCCGCUGUGCAACUUCACUGACUUUCGUACAGGCGAUUCUUGGUUCUGCUACAAGCCACAGAAUCUGAGCUGUGAUACCAGGAUCAUCCACAAUAGGAAUUUCAACCCAGAUAUCGUAAGAAUGAUCAAGCCCAAGGAGGAUAUGCUCUUUAAAAGUGGUGUCAACAUGAAAGUCUUCAUUGGGGCUUCAGGACCUGACAACGUCACCGUGUUACCAAAAAACAAAGAUCACCCAGAGGUGAAGAGCAUCAGUGUGACAUCUGCACCCUCCGGAUACUACUACCAGGGUCUGUGGCGAGCACUAGGUAACACUACAGUUCGCCAAAUCAACAUGUCUGCCGCCAGUCAGUGUCUGAAAUUUAAGAUGGUCCGCUUAUAUGGAGACUCCACCAUCAGGCAGUGGUUUGGAUUCUUCAUGGAAAACCUACCAGGUAUUAAGCAGUUCGAUCUUCAAGAAGAUAAGGAUUUUGGACCCUUUAUGGCCGUGGACCAUUCAAACAACAUCCUGGUGACGUAUCGCUACCACGGUCCUCCCAUCUUUUAUAACAAUUUACCAACCAGCAAGCUGCGGUACAUUGCCAAUGAACUAGAUGACUUAACUGGAGGAGCCAACACUGUCGUAGCUUUUGGCAUCUGGGCUCACUUCACCCAUUUCCCAAUGGAGGUCUACAUCCGGAGGCUGCUGGGCAUCCGCAGGGCGGUGAUGCGGCUAUUGGACAGAGCUCCACGCACGCUGGUCAUUAUCCGGACCGGGAACCCCAGAUCUUUGACACUUCAUUAUUCGCUAAUCCAUAGUGACUGGUACUCAAUGCAGCGUAAUAAGGUGCUCAGAGCCCUGUUCACAGGACUGAAUGUUCAUUGGAUCGAUGCCUGGGAGAUGGCCGUUGCUCACCACCUGCCACACAGCCUCCACCCACAGACUCCCAUUGUUAUGAAUAUGAUUGACAUUCUCUUGUCCCACAUUUGCCCCAAAAAGAGUGGCUAGAUGUGUAAAUCUAUACAAAUUAGGAAUGCUGUGAUUCA